AUGUCCAACUCUCUUGAACAGCUCAAGGCCACUGGCACCGUUGUCGUUUCUGACACUGGUGACUUUGCUGCCAUUGGCAAGUACAAGCCUCAGGAUGCCACCACCAACCCUUCUCUCAUCCUGGCUGCCUCCAAGAAGCCCGAGUACGCCAAGUUGAUAGACGCUGCCAUCGCCUACGGCAAGAAGGAGGGUGGCGACAUCGAGAGCCAGGUCGACCACGCUCUCGACCGCCUGCUGGUCGAGUUCGGCCGUGAGAUUCUCUCCAUCAUCCCCGGCAAGGUCUCCACCGAGGUCGACGCUCGAUUCUCCUUCGACACCAAGGAGUCCGUCAACAAGGCUCUGCACAUCAUCCAGCUCUACAAGGAGCAGGGUAUCCCCAAGGAGCGUAUCCUGAUCAAGAUCGCCUCUACCUGGGAGGGCAUCAAGGCCGCCGAGAUCCUGCAGCGUGACCACGGCAUCAACUGCAACCUGACCCUCAUGUUCUCCCAGACCCAGGCCAUCGCCGCCGCCGAGGCUGGCGCUUUCCUCAUCUCUCCCUUCGUCGGCCGCAUCCUUGACUGGUUCAAGGCCAGCACCAAGAAAGAGUACAAGAAGGAGGAGGACCCCGGCGUCGCCUCCGUCAAGAGCAUCUACAACUACUACAAGAAGUUUGGCUACAAGACCAUCGUCAUGGGUGCUUCUUUCCGAAACACUGGCGAGAUCACUGAGCUCGCUGGCUGCGACUACCUGACCAUUUCCCCCAACCUGCUCGAGGAGCUCCUCAACUCCAACGAGGCCGUCCCCAAGAAGCUGGACGCUGCCGGCGCCUCUUCCCUGAACCUCGAGAAGAAGUCCUACAUCAACGACGAGUCCCUCUUCCGAUUCGACUUCAACGAGGACCAGAUGGCCGUCGAGAAGCUGCGCGAGGGUAUCAGCAAGUUUGCUGCCGAUGCCGUCACCCUCAAGGACAUCCUCAAGCAGAAGCUGUCCGCGUAA